AUGGAAUAUUCCAUUCUGUUUUCAACGCUUCGCGACAAAACUUUCGUGCAGACUGAAUCGCAGAGAAAGAAGUUGCAAGUGAUCUUUUUGGCAUCGGUGACGUUGACCAUUCCUAUCAUUCUUAUUUUCUUUAUUCUCUACAAUGUCUAUUGCUUGCCAACAAAUUUUCGAACCACUAUUUCCGAAUCAAUGACCAAUCCCAAAUGUGCACAAGCUAUCGUUUUACUUAAACUCUAA